AUGUCCUCACAGUACAGUCAUGACGACGUGAACGGAAACGGCUCUGCUCGCAGCUCGCAAUAUCGCCUUCCCGGCCCUCCACCUCCUUUGAUGGACCAGUCCCACUUGCGACCGGGAAAGCAGGCCGAGCUGCUGUCUCACGACCGCACCCUCGAGCUAUACCGCGAAAACGCCAAGAAGACAAACGACCCGGAGCUCAUCUUCGAGUUCGCCGUCUUCAUGAUCGACGCGGCCAAGAGCUUGGUUCCGACGCCCAACCCCGACUACCCGAGCGACACAUCGAACCGCCCCAACGCGGCCGCGCUCGACAAGCGCGAUGAGCUUAUCAAGGAAGCCACGUCGUUGCUCAAGCGUCUCGCGGACCGCGGGUACCCUGACGCGCAGUACUUUCUCGCAGACUGCUACGCGAACGGCAUAGGAACAGGGCGCGGCAAGCAGGACUUUGACAAGGCGUUCCCACUCUUCGCCCUGGCUGCCAAGCACGGUCACCCAGACGCGUGCUACCGCGCUGGAACAUGCUGCGAGCACGGUUGGGGUACGAGGAGGGAGAGUGCAAAGGCGAUCCAGUUUUACAGGAAAGCAGCCGUCGGCCUCCACCCUGGAGCGAUGUACCGCCUUGGCACGGCAGAGUUGAACGGGUCUUUGGGACUGAGCAAGCGGCCAAAGGAAGGCGUCAAGUGGCUGAAGCGCUCGGCUGAGCACGCGACCGAGGAGUUCCCCCACGCACUGCACGAACUGGCACUGCUCCACGAGCGCGGCAUCGAGAACAUUGUCUUUGUCGACCUCGACUACGCUGCUGAGCUUCUGGCGCAGGCCGCCGAGCUGGGAUACGCCCCUAGCGCGUUCAAGCUUGGCGAGUGCUAUGAGUACGGCAAGAUGAGCUGCCCCGUCGAUGCUGCCUUGUCGAUCCACUACUACAACAUUGCAGCGCAGCAGGGACACCGCGACGCCUGCUUUGCCCUCACGGCGUGGUACCUCGUGGGCGCCGAGGGCGUUCUCCCGCAGUCGGACACGGAGGCAUACCUCUGGGCAAAGAAGGCGGCCGACAAGGGCCUGGCCAAGGCCCAGUACGCGCUUGGAUACUUUACCGAGACCGGAGUCGGGGUCCAGCCCAACAUCCAGCAGGCGAUGAAGUUCUACCGCCAAGCAGCGGACGGCGGUGACAAGCGCGCGGCAAAACGCUUGGCCGGCGGCGUGUCGGGCGGCGGCGCCGCGCUGAACCGCCAGCGCGAGGUGGAAGCGAUGAAGGACGGCGGCGUCAGGAACGGCAAGGACAACGACAAGGACUGCAUCAUCAUGUGA